GAUCACAAGGCUAGCCUGGUAGCCAUGGAAAAAAUUGAAAAAGAGAAGAAUGAAAUGAAGAUGGAAGCUGAAGCUCUUGCCAGCAAUCUGGAGAGUGUCUCUAAAGCUAAGAGACAACUUGAGGAGGAAGUCAAGGUGAAGAAUGCCCUUGCACAUGCUCUUCAAUCUGCUCGUCAUGACAAUGACUUGCUCCGUGAGCAGUAUGAGGAGGCCCUGGAACAAGUUGAGACUCUGCAACAUGAAAACAAGAACUUGCAACAGGAGAUCUCAGAUUUAUCUGAACAGAUUGGUGAGAGUGGAAAAUCUAUCAAUGAGUUAGUGAAGUCCAAGAAACAGUUGCUGGACAGUGAGAGGGUGAUCUCCGCACAACUCAAGAGUGAGCAGCUGAGAUAUAUAAAGCUGGAAGAUGACAUGAAGAUCUUAAAAGAGAGCCUGGAAGCGCAGAACGAAACGCGCAGAAAGUCCCACGUAGCUGCCUUGGUUUUGCUGGGAGCGCAACUCCACGAGCAGGUAGCUGUGCUGGCGGACAAUGAACAAUUGAGGAAACAAUUGCUGUCUUCCGAAGAUACUGUCAGGGACUUGACAGAGUUACUUGACAGUGAGAGGAUGAAGUCCGCUAAGCUCCAGUGUAAGCUGCGAAAAUGUGAGAAAAAGGAAGAGGACCAGGAAGUCCUAAAAGUGAGCAGAGACCAAGAUAUGGCGGAAUUGGCUCAAGAAAGGCUUCUGGGGCUGAAGUUACAGGAUACAGGGAUGCUUUCUCUGAUUGCGAAAAAGUCCUCUAAAGCUAAAAUUGAGGUGAAGUCCUGUAAGAAGUCUCCUGAAGCUAGGACUGAGCUGAAACCUGGUGGGAAAUCCUCUGAAGUGAAGACUAAGGAGAAGAGAGGUGGGAAAUCCGCUGAACCUGAGCAGACCAAAAAUUCUGAAGGUAAUGCUGAGGCAGAGAAAUCCUCUGAAGCAGAAGCUAAACCAGAGUCAACCUCAAAAGCUGUGAGUAAAGAGAAUGGCACAACUGAAGCUACAGGUGAAGAGAAGAGUAAGCCUGAAGAAGCUGCAGUAGUAGAAGCUGUUUCUACACAAGAAUCUGAAGGAGCCAAAGACUCUGAAGCCAAACCUGAGGAAGCUGGUGCCCCAGAAGAGAAAGCUGGAUGGGAUGAGAUGGACCCGUGUCAGAGGUCCUCUGACGGUACAGAGAACAAGACAGUGGUUGGUGAAGCCACUGAGGCCGAAAGAUUCUCUAAAGCAGAGGCAGAGGUCCGGCAAGCAAGAAGAAGACAAAUGUUAGAAGCAUUGGUCCUCUCACUCCUUAAUUUCAAGAACCCUGCCCACACCAGGGUGAAGAACCUGGUACUGGAGAGGUGUGACCGAGAGACUUGCAAUUGGUGGCUGGUAAAAGUCCGGAAGAAAAAAGUCAAGGACUUCAGAGACUGUGGGACAAAAGUUGUCCAAGAGAAAGGAAAGGCAGAUGGUUUCUGCCUUUCAAAUACAUGUGCUCCUUCCCGGUGGUCUGAGCAAAGGGGGGGGGAUAUGUGGCAGUGUGGCAAGGAAAGGGUGUAUUUCCUUGGCUCACCCUGCAGAAGCUCUCACCUGCUUCUUAAGUAAUGAGGCAGGAAGGAAGGGAAGUGUAUAUGAGAUGGAGACUCAGUCUAAUCUAGGCUCUUCCUAGGAGACAGCAUGUGGGCUGUAGGGAAGAGACAGAGCCUGCUGAGGAGUACACAGCCCGAGCUAUGAGGGGCUCAAAGAGAGU